GGAAUGCAGCCAAUAAAAGACUUAAAUUCAUAGUAAAAUAUAGUGCUUAAUUGAUCCGGGUUGAAUUAACCCGUUCAUUCGAAAACGCUAUAAUUUAUAUCGUUCCCAUAUAACAAAAGUUUUAUAAAACAUUGUCAAGAAAAUUAAUUGCAAAUAUGUUUCAAUUCGGGUUUAACAUGUUUCCGGAGAUCCCACGCCCUUUCAACACUCAAUACAAAUGCUUUUCGGUGUCGAUGUUACCCGGCACCUACCGUCAGGAUGUCGAGCGCGGUGGCAAAAUAAUCAUGCCACCAUCCGCUCUGGAACAACUCACCAGGCUUAAUAUUAUUUAUCCAAUGUUGUUCAAAUUGACCAAUAAGAAAACAAAUAGAAUUACUCACUGUGGUGUGCUGGAGUUUAUCGCCGAUGAAGGCAAAGUCUAUUUACCUUACUGGAUGAUGCAUAAUCUUUUAUUGGAAGAAGGUGAGCUGCUAAAUGUAGAGAGUGUGUCGUUACCAGUUGCAACGUUCUCGCGGUUUCAGCCACAGUCGGAAGACUUCCUAGACAUUACAAAUCCAAAGGCUGUGCUGGAGAACGGUCUACGCAGUUUUGCCUGUCUGACUACAGGCGACUUAGUCGCUAUCAAAUAUAAUCAAAAAAUUUACGAGAUGUGUGUUCUUGAGACCAGACCUGGUUCGGCAGUUAGUAUCAUUGAAUGUGAUAUGAAUGUAGAGUUUGCACCGCCAGUUGGUUAUAAAGAACCAAAGAGAGAGAUAAAAAAGGAGGAAAACGAGAUGGAGGAUUUGGCCGAUUUGAUGCCGGCGCCAACUGGUUUUGUGCCUUUCAAGGGUGAGGGCGUUCGGUUGGACGGCAAGAAGCGCAAAGACACACCCAAGCAGGAAACUUUGGCUGCUAAACCGACUUAUGUUCGAGGAAUACCCGAUUACGAUUAUCAGAUAGGCACUCUCAGAUUUCUGCGCAACAUGAAGCCAAUAAAUAAUAAAGAGAUGAAGGAUUCAGACGAAUUUAAGGCGUUCAGUGGCGAAGGGUUCACCCUUCUGAGGAAAUCUAGAAAAUAAUAAAAUAACAAGUGCGCGUGCACAUACAAAUACACAAGCGUUUAUCCUUUUUAAUUUAUAAAUUAAUUUUUAUGAAUGUUUAUCUUAGAGAUUGAAUAAAUAUUUUUCUUCGAUUGAAAUAAUAUUCUUGUAAGAAUGUUCUAUUAUGGAAUGACGUUUCUUAUUUGUUACAAAAAUGUGAUUAAAGGAUAGUUAAUUUUUUGCUUCAGAGUUAUAUUUAUAUUGAUACUAUUUGUAAAUAUUAUUACUAUCUCUUAAUAAAUUUGGCAUGUCUUUAUUUUCCAUUAAUUUUUUUAA